CUCUUCCUUGCUUGUUCAGUCGUUCGCUCAGUAGGUCCAACCUUUUUUUUUAUUUGAAGGUCCCUUCAUGCUCGCGGCUUUAGCAUCAGCACUCCCUCGAUGUAGGGUCGCCCCUAUCUUCCUUCCUCUCGGCUACCCUUCACGAUAUUAAACCCUGUAGGAUCCAGGGAUGUACAACGCGGAGCAUUUUCAUGGUUCCCGUUGGCGAAUAUAUUCUUGUCGUUAACCUUCAAGAACGUGAAGCAAAUUUAAGCUAUUCGUAAAUGCUUGCUUGUUGGGAAUAUAUUUUUAAACAAACAGACCUCGUGUAGUCGUGUAUACACGAGUGGUGUACACUGUCCCGUUAAAACUACUUACAUAGCGAUACUGUCAUCGUACUUUUACGUUUAAUGUCAAUCGAUAGCAUCAUUAUGUAGGAGAGGACAUAAGUUACGUGGUAUAAAAUUCGCAAUUCAAUGCACGCAGUGCACUUUCUCUUCGAUUAAGAAUGAUAUUAUACAGGUAAAAUAGACACUGACCGGGUCACAGUUUGCCCAUUGAUUCGAUCAAGUUAAAUCGCAUAAGGAAACCUACUUCGUACAUUGAAAAACAUGGUCAAAUUCUCUCGUAUCACCAAAAGCGCUCUCAUAGGCCAACAGAGAUAGUUGAGAAGAAAAACGGCGAGAAUAAAGUUAAAUUCUAUAGAACCCACGUCGACAAAGUACUUAUCGACCGUAUCGUAGCAAGAGCAAUAGGCGCGGGGCACCGUGAUCGUAUCGGACGGUCGUGCGACGGGUCUACCCCCACCACGCGAUUCUCUGUCCCCACUCCGCGGGUACCUCCCCUACGAGUCUAGCGAGCCGCGUUUCGUCUCAGUCUGUCGCGCGCCGCCAACGGGUCUGGUUGUGUGUUUCGUUCACGGUGUGCGGUGGUGGUUGUUCACGGACGCGCGUGUGUGCGUGUGUGUGUGCCCCUGUGCGCGUUGGCGUGCGUACAUGCGUGUGCCUUCUACGGUGCCACAGUGUGUACGUGCGUCUGAUACUAUCAUCGUGGCCUCUGCUUUCAACCGUUCGCACACAGAAACGGUGUGACAUCGAGGCAUGACAGCAACGCGGGAGUGUUACCCCAUACGGUAGGAAAAACUUGGUUCUGUCGUGCUUCUUACGCCGACCGUCGAUCGUGUGCAACUCCGAACGUUGCCAGGUUCGAUACCUCGGAGGACUUCGCGCUGGGCGUGCACGUAAACAGGGGGCCAGAGAAAAUACGAGCCGAGCGAAAUUGCACGGUGAGGUUAACCUCGCCGUUUCUGCCUAUUCGACAACGACACGAACGAGGAAAAGAGAAGAGAUAUAUACGUGCUGGUGUCGUGAGAGCGAGAAGGUAAAAGGGGUUAGGAGUGGAAGGAAGGGUAGGAUAGGAUCGAAAGAGACAGAGCUCGAGGGGGAGGGAAUGAACGGCCCUGGGAGUCAUCAGCAUCGCGGCUUGGGCAUGCAGGGACGUUACAGGGGCGUAGUAAGCGGUGGCAACCCAACAGGGCCUCACUCGCGUCCACCAGCGCCACCUCACGGCCGCGGUGGAUGGCAUCCUCAUAAUCAGCACCCUCAGCACGCCCAGAUACCUCAGCAGUACAACAGCAACAAGGAAUAUCCGUAUCGACAGUGUCCACCACGCUUCCAUAACGGGGAUUGUCCUGGGGUUGGUACGUCUUCCGGGCCAAACGGUAAGGAAGUUUCGUAUCACGGGAACGUAGGCGGAUCCAGCGUGGGGUAUAAACCGCCCCCGCAACAUAGUCCGCAAUCGAGAGGGCCACCAGCACAUUUUCCACAAGAGUCGGUGGGCCCACCUGCCAAUUCUCCGCCAUUGCAUAUCAACAUCUGCGGCCAAGAGAACACGAUGCGUGGUCCAUUAUUGAACAUGAGUCCAGGCCUUGGAGCUAGCGGCGUCGAUAUGGAGUACCGUAGAAGUUCUCAAGUAACGACACGUUUUUCAGCCACAAAUCAGCUACCUCUGAGCCCUGUACAAAUUCAACCGUCGCCGCCAUAUUACAGACAGCCUAGUCAAGACGAUGGCAGAAAGAGCGAGUCCCCAUCCAGAAAGCGUCGCCGAAUAUCGCGUAACGGCGCUGUUUCCGGAAUAGAAGUCCGGGAGACAACACCUCCGUCGCCUACACCGUCGCUGCACACGACUCUACCAUCUAUAUCGUCCCUGCCAUCCCUGCCGACGCCACCGCCGUGGGAAUUCUCGCCAGCGCCUCAAAGACGAUCGCCUCGCAAUCACAUGUCCACUCGCGGCAGCCCGACGAUUAGAAAUCGUUAUCAGCGUUACACGGAUUCAUUCGGGCUGUCUCAUCCUUUUCUGCCCGGGCACAAUUCCCAUCCGACGAUUCACAGUUCUCAUCACGGGAUCCACGGUUCUCAUCACAACAUUCACAACUCCCACCACAACAUGCAUAACGCGCAUCAGACGCAUCCCCAUCAUCCAGCGGGCACUGGGCAUCACCCAGCGCAAGGAGCGAACGGCCCUGUGGUCGUCGACGUGGGGCAAGUCGGUGUUUCUGGGUUGGGGGUCGCCGUUAGCGGGGAACCGCUUUGGCAUCCUCCGACGACAGGUUACAGAAUUCCUUGUCAGCUGCACAGCAUAUACACGCCGCCUGCAGCGCACGCGUUCGCGCACUCGUGUCAGGUCACCCAUCACCACAGUCACUACUCACCAGCUCAUCCGACCCACCCGGGUCACCACAGUCUAGUUGGUUCGAUAGUUGGCGCUGCAUCCAGGGGAUAUCCAACGCCAGCCGGAGGUCCUGUUGCGGCUCUUCAUCACGCUCACGCGCCUCCGCCGCCCGUCCAUACUACUCAUUACACUGCACACCACCAACUUUCGCAACAGCGAGAAGUUGAACUAGAGUUAAUCGAAUCCCAUCACCAUCACCGAGACGGGGCUGCCGCCGGUGCCCCACUAUCGUUACCACAUUCGUACUCGCCACCAGCUCUUACUCAAGUCACGACACCACCUCCCAUGUUGCUGUCGGAGAACGUGAUAAACCGUCAUUUGGAGUUGUUACAGCACAGAACUCGACGUGCCGCGUCGAAUGUUCACACGCUCAGACGACCAAGGUCGAACAGAUGGAGAGGCACGCCCCCGUUACCACCGACAUCUUAUCCAGGAUUCUUGUUGCACUUCUUAGCGAUGUUCAGCAACCCGCCAUUAUCCCCGUACAGUCAAGCAGAGCUGUCGUCGCCCGAUUCGGUGACUGAGAAUUACGAGGCUCUGCUGUCUUUAGCGGAGAGACUUGGCGAGGCUAAACCACGAGGACUGACGCGUGCCGAGGUCGAACAACUGCCUUCGUAUAAAUUCAACGCUGAGACACACCAGGGAGACCAGACGAACUGCGUGGUCUGCAUGUGUGACUUCGAGGCCCUACAAUCGUUACGUGUUUUGCCGUGCUCUCACGAAUUUCACUCCAAGUGCAUCGACAAAUGGCUCAAAUCGAAUCGAACGUGUCCAAUAUGCCGUGGAGAUGCUGGAGAAUACUUUGGGAACAGUGGCACCGGUAGCGACUGACGCCGAGCUGCCCAAGUGCACUAGCGCCAACUGUCGCGAGUCUCAGGGACACUACUUCGCGCGGAGCUUCCAGCCGUCACGCUGCUGGUUUGUGCAAAUUUAUCUUGAUAAGCGUUCGCGCCCUUUUCUCUAGCCGGACCGACGGAUGGGGCGUCUUUUUUCGUCAACGAUUGAAAGAUUAUCCAGCCCCAGAAAUCGUUCACGAAUAAACGUCGGCCUGCGUCAUUCUACGCGACGAGGAGGACCGUGGAAGAGCAACAGAGAAACAAAAAAAGUCCAUUCAGGGUAUGAGAUCAUGUCUGGUGUCGAGAGAAGGACCGUAACGAAUAAUAAAGGUACACGAUUUUAAAUUACAGCAUGCAAAAAAGAAUUUGUACGAGGCGAAUAACGGUUGCUGCGUUUAUUCCAUUGUUUUCUCUGGGGAAUAGAGAAAAAGUCGGAGAGAGAGAAAGAACGAAAGAGAGUAUGUAUGCGUAACGAUAAUAAGCAAUCAACCGAGAUUCGAGGAAAAACGAAGAUGUCCGAAGAAUAAUACCAAGCUACCCAAUACACGCAUUUCUCGUCAGGAUCGCAGAGAGUCUGACUACGUCCCGUUCGUUUGUUUGUUCAUUGUAGACGCUUACAAAUUCACGGAUCUAACGCUCGUUUGUUGUUUGUGUUUGCUAUACUUUUAUAUAUAUAUAUAUAAAUAUGUAUAGUGUCUCGGGUUUGUGUACAUAAUUACCUGUAUACCGCGAAACUAUUUGCCACUUUCCAUUAACGUUCCAAGUUUUUAUUAUAUUAUAUUAUAUAUAGUUGUCCUUCAAUCCUACGUAAUUGUACAUAUGACUCGCAUAAACACUCCUAAUACGUAUACGUGUGCGCAUACAACCGAUCAUCAAAGGUAUUCGUUUCGGGCGCUUAACCAAAUGUAGUGUGUAAAUUCCUCUUUCGUUAAUUAUUUUUUUUUGUUUUGUUUUCUCGCGAUAAAGGAGAACAAAACGUUAUCGGAUAAAACAGAGGUGUCGCAACUUCCUAAACGAGUAACCAGGCUUUUUGUGUCUUUUGUCUAGGCUGAUUAUAGUUUGUUAUACGUCGAACAUUGUAUGUAAGUGUUUGCUAUAGCAACGUUUAGGUGCUAUACGUCGAGCAAACGUUGUUAGAUUGUUUCGUCGACGGUCGUGACUGUUUUUGUAAAGUAUCCGGCAACACUUUACGUCCCAUUCUUGAGAGAAUUCGUUUCACAUCGCCAUGAUUCGUUGAUUGUUUCCGUUACUUAUUUUCUUUCGUGCCGUUUCAUCGUUUUCGGGAACGAACGAGAGAUAGGUAAAUUUGUAGCGUCACGUAACCAUUAAGUUGGCGUCUAGAGAGUUUGGCUAUUUUUUUUUUCACUAAAUUUAGAAAAAAAAAUUUAUUUCGAUCAAAUACACUGUUUACAGGGCAAAGAUAAGGAAAAGGUAAUAUCUAAUUUGAAAAAAAAUGAAUUUGAAGUUUUUAGACUUACUUUAGAGAUACGAGAACGCCUACUUAAGAGGUUUAAGACGAUUACACGGUAUCGUAGAACGUAGACUUCCGAAACAAAGAAAACGAAACUGGCCCGUGAGAGGAGAGACAGAGACAAAUGAAAAUGGUCAGGCUCAUCAGCAAUAGUUAUUACGCAUAAAAAAAAGCUACGUAAAGAAGAACACAAAACUGAAUAAAAGUAAAAAAAAUGUAAGAAUGAAAGAUAAGAAUACUGCUUCUGUUUCCUGCGUAUCUACCUCUAAUAGAUGAAAUGAAACGAUUCAUAUUUUUUUAUACACACAUCUCAUAAACAAUAAACGUACGUACGCUAAGAAAACCAAAAAUGAAAAAAAAAAAACGGAAAAGUGAAGAGAACAGGGAGAAGAGAAACCGCCGGAUAGAGGAAACGAGUAAACCGCGAUUUUAGAAUUUUCAAUAUUUAAAUUAACGAUUAAAGAUUAAGGUAUAUCGGAUAAAAAAAAAAAAAAAAAAGAAUACAUAUUUAGAAAAAGUCCUUAACAGAGUUUACGAAUCAGAUAUAAAUAUUCAAAUAUUCGUUCUUUCGAAGGAGAUUGUACGUUCCCGAGGUUCUUGACGAGAUUCACUAUACGUUAUCUAAACCAGAGGGAUGCCACGUGGAAAGAAAGAAAAAGAUAACACGAGUUUCCGCUUCUCUGUCUAGGAAUAAAAAUUCUCCGGAUGAUUUUCGUUACUUAGAAAAUGUUUUCGAGUUGUCUCCUGAUUAGCAAAAUUGUUGUUGAAUUGUUUGUGAAAAUCUAAGAAAAGAAAAAAAAGUAGGGUACUCUUGUGAUUGAUUUUUAUUUAGGCCGCUAGAACGUUUUCGAAUUCCUGUCGGUUUAUCGCUUGAACACUUUUGUGAGAAGAAUAAAAAGUAAAACGUACAAUAUGCAACACGUGUAAAAUUUCAUUCUUUAACGGUUUGUUUCGUGUUAGUCGGGCUGGUAAACGAUGGAAAAGUCGCGUGGUCCCUCACAGAUGAAUGAUAUAAGAUACUGUGUGCACAGAAAGGCGGACGACUAACGUAAUCGAAUGGGAAACGAGCGUGACACCGUAUCGGUCAUGUUUGUACCUCCUUGAUCUAUCCUUCCAUUUCUAAUCGCGUGCCUUUACUAUACCGACCGAGUAUCGGGCAACGGAGAGUUGAAGCGAAAAGUUGAAGGGAAGAUACGCGUACCACCCAUCUACGAAACCGAACUCGGACAUUUAUCGAAUCACGGGAAUCUGUAUCAGAGCACGAAAGCAAAACCACGCGACACGUGGAUGGAAAAUCGCUCGUUAACGCCGUGCCCAUCUGUGUGUACCUAGAAGUGAUCGAAGGACCGUUAUCUUUAUUUCGACUAACCAAAUUCUAAUCUCUUAGUUUUCGCGUAGAAGUGCAAAUGACACAAGCCAUCAAAUAUCAGGAUUCAUGGGGUUUCGAAAUUAAAAUUCUUCGUAAUAGUACUCCAGGUGGACCGCAGUUAUGUUUGGUUUUCUAUGUGUUAGGCUCGACUCGCAACUCGAGCUUCGGUCAAUGUUGCAUCCUUUGCACUUUAGAUUAUAGAUCGAGUCAUUUUUCUGUACAAUUCUGUUUUCUCUACGGUAUCAAUCGUCGGUAGUAUCCAUCAUAAAGGCGUUCCACGUGAAGCAUCUCACGGCUCCAGCCUUCGAUCUAUACGUCACACGAGGUCGAUACGGCGAUUCACUCGAAAGCGAAACUCGUCCGUGCAACCGUAUAUACGUAAAACAUGUACAUUUUAAUAGCGACACGAGGGUCUAAGCGAUGCGUUCACGAUAUUCGUGAAAGGAAUAGAAACGAUAACUGGCAGAGUCGAACAGAGGCUAAUGAAAGUAGCUGGCAAAGUCGUCGCACGUAAGGCAACCAUUAGGGAUAAACCUGUUCGAUUAUUUCGUUUCGGUUGGUCGCCGUUUCGCGGGAGUGUCGCAUCAUUCGCGCCGCUUGCUACAAAUGGCUGCAAACACAGCCAAACACGGUGUAGCGUGGCAUGUAACCCGGAUCGUUAUCUAACACAAUAUCAAAAACUCUCGUGUGUGUUUGCGUGUGUCUGUGAGUGUGUGUAUGUGUGUGUGUUUGUAUGCUUGCUAUCUGUAUGUAAAGGAAGACGAGAGAAACGACGGUAGAGUGUUGGUUUUUCCUAGAUGCAUAAGAGAACACAUAUCACAAUUUUUCCAUCGUGUCCACCACGUCUCGCACGCUCGACCUCUUUGUCGCGUUCAUACUCGGGCCGGAGGAAGAAGGUAAAAGCUCAUUUUCUACUUAAGCUUAAGUACACGAAAGAGUGAGAGAGAGUUUGUCGAAAGGGACGAGAGCGUUCGAUCGGAAGAAAUCGACGCUAAAGGAAAAAACACGUUUUCUCUGGCGACAAUUUUUUGUACGAACUUUUCAGCACGUGGUCAGACUGCUCAGUUGGAACGAAAGAAGGGCUACAAAUGUGUCGCUUCGCAGAGGAAAUUUUACACGUGGUCAUACACGCGUGUUUGACAAUGAUUAAGGGGGAAACAAAGCAUAGUCUUUUCAGUUGUAAUUGUCAGGUUCCACAGAUUCAAGCUGUGUGGUUUUAGGUACGUUAAGUAGGUUAGGUAUUUCAGUGUUUCAGCUUCGUCACGAGUCACGUAACAAACUGAUACUGUAUGAUGACGUAAGGUACUGUAUGAUAGUAUGCAACAUAGCGAUUGACGAUGUAUGAUACUAAAUCUCUACCAGAUGGCACCACACAUUGCUCUAAGAUUCAGUAUCGGUACGUGGACCCUCGAUGAAUCUACUUAAAGACUUCGAAGCUUUGAAAAAUGCUCCCAAAAACGCACAGCAUGAAUCUUCGAAUGAAUUUUUUGUGCGAAUGUCCUAUCAAAGGAAUAACCUUCACCGAUGCAACGCUCCGUUCCUUGACGCACGCUUAGACUAAGGUAGCAUAAUUUAUCCGUAACGCGUACCUUAAGCACACCCCGAAGCCUAGUGUACCAGUUGCAGCAGAAAAUCGCGAUCGGUUCCUGGGACGUCUCCAUUUCAUCGCGACCGUGAACCAAUACUGUUCAUACUCGUUAUCGUCGACCGUAGAAUCGCGUUUUUUUCUUUUUUUUUUUUCCUUAUUUUUCCCCAGCGGACAAUUACGAUUGUCGACCAUUCGUCGUCCGCACGUUCUAGGAACCGAUCGCUAAGAAACAGUACCAAAAGUUAUUGUUCCGACGUGUGAGUUUCACGCGAAUUUGCUUCUAGACGUAACGACGAAUUUGUACAUACGGUAACAUGUAUUCGUUUGUAUACACACUGUACACGCAGAGACGUAUCCGUAAGCGCAAACAUAUACGUACAUGUAUAUGUAUGCAUGCAUGUACAUGCAUAUACGUACGUACGUAUGCGUAUGCACGUGCAAUUUAAGCGAGGGAUGCGAAAGUAUGUUUGAUUUUCGAUCACUUAGGGUAACAGAGGUAGUUGCCCCGCAAGUAUAAUAUUGAACUUGCUUAACUCGGCUGUCGUGACGUGGCGCCGUUAUGGCCAACUGCGCGUUAAACUGAUUUAUGCAUAUCGAAGGUCAUUACUGAAGUAUUCAUUUUCUAAAAGCCCAGGCGAACGCACCGCGAAGGUCUCGCCAAAAUUACGACGAUCCUUGGUCGGUCUUACGACCUCUGCGCUUUCACGCGGUGUCGAGCGUAAACAACAAAAAUUGUUCAAUAACUAUUUUCGCUUGUGUAAAUAACAGUUUAACGCGCAGAGGAUUGGACCAGCGGCAACGUUUCAUCGAAUCAAACUUAUUUAAAAAGCGUCGUUCUUCGUCCGAGUUGUCCCCUAUCGUCAUAGAAGCAAAAUGGCGAUACCCAGUGGUGUUCGAAGCAUCUGGGAACAGCAAUAAAUCAAACACAGUCGACCACACCGAUAGACAAUGAUGUGGAUCAGAGAUGGGGAAGAUACUUUUCUAAAUGAAACAUUUCGAUUAACGAAUAAACGUGUUGAAUAGGUAUAUUCUUAUUCGUUAUCUAUCGUACGUAUAAGGUUUACCCCAUCUCUGUUCGCGACCACGAUGAAGAAGCACCGAUAGCACCGAUUCUUGCCCGAAUCCCUUCAUACCGACACGCAUAGUACAAGCACGCCAUUAGUUUAUAUAAUUCGAGAGUAAUUAAAGAGAAAACGGUAACAGUAUUUCCACCCUAGCGAGCGGUGCUUUCUUAUCGUGCGCCUUUAUUUCCUAAACGUUUCUAUUUUGGGACCAGAAAUGGGCAAAAGAAUUUUCAUCGAUGAACGGCGAUGUGCACUCAACAGUCGCUUCUUAAUGUAAACUCAAAUACUUGUAUCCUCUGUUUAUAUUAAUCUUCCACGAUUCGAAAUUUUGCCCACCUCUGGUUUGGAACCCAUCUCGAAGGCGUACACCGUUAUCUCCCGAACCAAGUUGCGAAACGAACGUCCAUAAUGAAACGGAUCGACGAUCAGAGAGAAAAUUAGGACUCGCACGAACGUCCACGGUCUUACAUUUUCGACAAAUUGCGAUAAUUCGUCGAGAUAAGGGAUUUUACUCAGUUUUCGAUUGAUUCUUCUCAAAAAAGCCACGGUCACCUUGCAAUUACGCCAAGAGGAAAGAACGAUGUGAUUUCGUUCGAACGACGCGACUAUGAUUUUGUUUUCUAGAUAGAUAGCUAUUCGAAGAUGACAGUGUCGAGGAUCCACUUGAGGAAUUAACACCUUAAACGGGAUAUAAAAUGAAAUAACGAAACGUAGGGAUUCUUAAUGUUGAAAUUAACAAAUUGUAAAUAAUAUACAUAAACGUAAGUUAAAUUACUACGGUAAAGAGAGAAGCUAUAAAUUUAUAAUUACAUAAUUAAGAGUAUCUACAUUUAAAAAAAAAAAAAAGAAAAAAACGUAAAAUUUAUCGUCACUAAAUUGAUACUUUGAUAUUAACGAAAUUGUAAAAAAAAAAAAAAUAUACUUAAACGUAAGUUGAAGAAUUACGGUGGUAAACAGGAUAGUUUAUAAAUUCGUAAUUCGUAAUAAUUAAGAUAAUCUACAGCGAAGGAAACGUAAAAUAUAUCAGAAACGAUCGAGAUGAAAUUAAUGUGAAUUUUUAAGUUUAUUAAAUCCCGAGGAAAAUGGAAUGCAUUCGAAAACUGAUUAAUUCCCAUUAGUGACUUUUCUUCGUCAAAUUAUCGUUGCCUCCAAAGUCUUGAACACCUGUUACAAGGUACACCUUGUGUAUGGUCUUUUUCCUCCCAAUUGUUUGUCAUCCUUUUAUUUGCCUCUCUCUCUCUCUCGUCGGCGUAGCCAACGUAGGCUCGUGUUGUUAGCAAAAUAAUUACCGUUAAUAUCAUAUCGGAAUCGUAGACGCUGUUACCAAGCAGUUUCUGUAACAUUUCUCUAUUUUAUAGUAAUAAUUAAUAUUUCGUCGCUACUGCUGCUGCUGAUACCACUAUUUUCGUUGAUAUACCAGAAAUGCGUUAGACGUUUUUUAUACACUCUCGAUUUAACGUUUUUUAGUUAUAUUACAAUAUUUAAUUUGUUCGUUAGUUAUUGUUGUUAUUAUUAUUAUUCUUAUUAUAUCAUUACCAUUAUUAUUAUGUUAUUAACGUACGACGAUAUUGGUUCAUUAAGUUUAUCAAUAACUAGAUUGUAAUCGCUGAAAACCGGGAACACUUUGUUAACCACCGAAACGAUACGAGAUUUUUUGUUGUACCCGUGGAGACGUUUCGAUCCUUUUAAAAAACAUAAAGAAAAAAAAAUCGAAUCGCGUCUCCGUGGAAGAAAACCAAUUGUACAGACGCGAAGAUAACGAUGCCAAACAUUAUAUAUGUAUAUGCAUAUACAUAUAUAUAUAUAUAUAUAUACCGACACUACUGCUACUACUACUACCGCUGCGAUUAUUCUCAUUGUCCUUAUUAUUAUUUUUAUCGCUAUUAUUAAUAUGAUCACAAUUAUUAUUAUUAUUAUUAUUAUUAUUAUUAUUAAUGAAAUAUUAUCAAUCAUAUUAUUCUCA